UUUAAAGCAAAACUGUUACAGUCCGGUCGUAAUAGUGAACCGCGCCGCGUAUUCGUUUUCCUCUCGUUCCCGUUCGUCCUUUCUCGGAGCUCGUUUUUUCGCUACUUAUAUUGCCGUGGUUUAUAUUCCCCAGGAAGCGUAGGAGAUAAUAUAAAGAUCGCGAAACCCAACGAAUUUGAUUUGGUAUUUAAGUUACAAUUUCCGUACUACGAAAGCAUCGCCGUGACGCGUGAUCCGAAAAUUCCGGGCAACGUACUACUGGAUAUGACGCGCGUGUUGGAGCUCCUCGAGAACGAUCCCCGCGAGGACUAUCAGGGCAUUCGGAAACUGCUUCAGAUUCAACUCGUGGACGCGCAAAACUUUCUCGUCGUGGACAAGCUCCGUUCGUGGCUCCAGAGCUUGUUCAGCCAAGCACUCAACCGGAUAGCAUAUCGCGUGGAGCUGGCUGACGGCGUCGUGUCCCAGCUGAAAUAUAGGACUUGUGGGCCGGCCCACACCAUCGUCGUGUAUGGUGACUAUGAGUACUCUGUCGACUUCGUACCCGCCAUCCGUUUGGCGGCCAAACAGAACGUGUUGCUCACGGAGCAGCUGAUGUACUACAACCGCGCCGAUUUACUUUACUGGGAGGCGGUUCCCAAGCCUCUGAAAAUCCAAACUGAGACCAGCAGCAUAUCCUUUCGCUCCUCCUUUUACUCCGCGGAGAAAUUAAUGCUGCUAACUAAGCACAAGAAUUGCCGGAAUGCAAUCAGGGUUAUGAAAAAAUUUCGCGAUGUAAAAACUAACUUGGGCCAUCUUAAGAGCUAUUAUAUUAAAACUUUAUUUCUUUGGAAAAUUAAGCAGGAACCAGAGUCGUACUGGAAGAAGGCGCUCUUAGUCAUUUUGGACGAUAUGUUCGAAGAUCUGGCGGAGCACUUGAAGCGGGGAGUUCUUCCCUUCUUUUGGGAUCCCGAGCUGAACAUGCUCCACGAUUUGACCAAGGUCCAGGUUAGCGAAAUGUACAGGUGCGUCCAACGGUUUCUAGGUGCGCUUAGGGGCGCCGGCAUCCGCCAGAAGCAUACUUUGACGCGUCUCGUUCUUCGGGGAUUUAGUCACAAAAACGAAAGAAAUGUGGGACGAAAUGGGAUGAAGGGACAAAAUACACGAAGGAAGACCCCUUAUAUUUCCGUUCGCGGGGAACGCUCCUGUCAACGCUAUUAGAACAAGUUCAAAAUCCGUCUUGGAAUCCAGAAUCUUUAAUAUCUUUCAGUUAAGUAUUACUAUUUGUGACGCUCAACAUUUUGCUUGGUUAAAAUUGAUUGAUUGAGAAAUGGAAGUUUAAGAACCAAACUGUGCAACUCCUUACACGGGCAUUUGAAAUGUAGUCCCAAAUUGUGCCUAAAUUUAAGUUGACUGUAAUUUUGUUAUUUAUUAAUCAAUAUUUUAAUUAAUAUUUAGUAAUCUAAAUGAAUCUAAUAAUAAAUUAUCAUCAACUGAUUCGUGGCGAAGUUGAUAGUCCCGAAUUGGUUCUCUGUUCCAAGCAGAUUCACUAGAAACUACUUACCCCUAAGUUUAAAUUAUUGACAUGCAUGACCCCUACAGGGUAUUACGUUCUGGCUAUAAUAGACUUUAUCCUAUUAUCUAUUUUGUAAUCAAAAUCUUGAAAUAAACUUAUUUUUGUUCGACGUCAAUUCUGUUGAAUUUCUGUACUAAAAAUCAGUUAUAUCAAUAAAGAACCAAGUAAUGAUAAAAAGUACUGUGCAACGUUCGUUAUUUUUCCGCAAAACAACCAAAGUAAAUUUAAACAUUUUCGAAUCACUGCUUAACAUCGUUAACCUGUGCUGCCACACUUAACAUGACAGCUGAUGGCACAUCGAUUGCCACGAACUGAGUAUCGAUAGUCCUACCGGAGCCUCUGCAGCCCUGGCUCGGCCUGUACUAUAAAAGCAACUGGCAACGCUCCCCUCUCCGUAAUUUUUUUCAAAAUUCUUCUCGUUGGCUGCUCGUGUCGAAACUGAAACUGAAAUUAAAUUAAACUCAGUGCGCGUGCAGACUACUUAGAAUUCCCAUAUUUAAUUGGUUCGGAUGAGAUCGGCGGCCACAGCCAAACCAAAGUCGGGGUCUAAUCGAGCUCGGUGCGUGCAUGCAAAUUUUUGGCAUAAAACAGCCGCGACUUCUUGGAGGCAGCGCACUAGACACAGCAGUUCCGCCGGGGCAGCAGCUACUCCUAUUCCGAAUCCAACCCAAUCCAAGCAAGCGAGCUGAAGCCGUCGCAGUCACCUGUGCCGAUUUCGUAAUCCCAGUCAGGAAUACUCCGAUUCCAAACGCGAGUGAAAGUGCGCGAGUGUUGGUGCGGCCAAAGAAAAUUUCUCGAACUACAUAUUUGCACCAACAGUAGUACGUAGUCAUCCGGAACA